AUGACUGUAUAUCACUACAUUCUAGAUCCGAGUGCCCUUGUGUACGGUGGUGUGGGCAAGAUCAAGGAAUGGGUUGCUACUGCGCAGAGGCAAAAUCAAUUCCAGAUUGUAUUCUAUGUGCCACUCUACACGUUGAAGGAACUGGACUUUCUCAAGAAGGUCUUCAAUCCACUAAUCUCAGCGAAUGCACGUGAAAGCAUCAGGUUUAUUGAUGAGCAAAUAUCGGGUGUAUUUGACGGGUUUGAGAAUGAGAAGGAUUUCACAGAUUUCGAAACUUACAAUCAGAUGAAAUCCCAAUCCACAACUACAGACGGACCUCUAACUGGAAAAACCCCGUCUCCAGUAACCUUCAUCCUGGAAACAGAGAACAAUGUGGGUCCUUCUUGGCAGAUUGCAUCGGGAUAUAGAAGAAGUACGCCAUUAGUGAAGGAUAUGCCAAAACCUAUAAAUGGGUCAUCCACUCAGGGUCAGUUGGGGGUAGACACUCAAAAGAAAGUCAUUGGUGUAUUUGGAAACAACAUUCCCGGCACGUUCAACGUUUCGAAGCAAGACAAACAUCAGUUGAAUAAUGUACAAGUACAAACGAAAGACAAAGCAGUCGUCCCCAUUCGUCUUAAGUAUUUGAUCAGAUCAUGUAUUCAGAAACAGUACAUUGAAAAUAAGAGGUCUCCUAAGAUACAAUGGCAGGUGAUUUGCGAAGAUGCUACCACUGCAAUCUGGCUGAAAAGCUUUGGGCUGACUGUCAAGUCUGUUAAUGAAAUCACCAAAGAGUUUGAUGAGUAUUCAGGAACUGCAACUUCCAAGGUUUUAUUUGACCCUGUUUCGGGAAAGCUCGUUGAGAGUACGGAAACAAAGAAGAAGAAGAAUGCUGGGACUAAGAAGAAAAAGUACAGGAGGAAUCCUAGGGGGGGCAAACCUGGCCACGGAAAUGGAAAAGAGGUUCAACAGCAAGGCCAAGAGAAUAGCAAAAUCAAUGGCCAAACUAACACUGAGGUCAAACCAUUAGAGAGUACCUCCAUUGAGGAAAUAAGGAGCACCGAAGGCGUGUUAUGGACGGCUUGA